AUGCAAUCAGCUAUCGCGAUUCCGCUGUCCCAGACAUCACUUACCAGACCGAACCGCGUGCUCAAUUCAACUAAUUCCGUCUUUUCUACGCCGAGGAGUCUCCGGUUCUGCGGACUCCGGCGUGAGGCGUUUGCUUUCUCGCCUUCUAAUCAGUUAGCUUUGCGCAGUGACCGGAUUCGAAAUGCGAGCAGGAGAUUCCAAGUCUCCGCUGCUGCUUCUUCCGCCGCGGGCAAUGGCGCUCCGCCUAAAUCUUUCGAUUACGAUUUGAUCAUCAUCGGAGCCGGUGUCGGCGGCCACGGAGCUGCGUUGCACGCCGUUGGGAAGGGGCUUAAAACUGCCAUCAUUGAAGGAGAUGUCGUUGGAGGGACUUGCGUUAACAGAGGCUGUGUUCCUUCCAAAGCUCUUCUUGCUGUUAGUGGGAGAAUGCGCGAGCUCCAUAACGAACAUCACAUGAAGGCCUUUGGUCUGCAGGUUUCAGCUGCAGGGUAUGAUCGUCAGGGUGUGGCAGACCAUGCUAACAACCUGGCUACCAAAAUUCGGAACAAUCUGACCAAUUCAAUGAAGGCGCUUGGUGUUGACAUAUUGACAGGGUUUGGCAGUGUUGUGGGCCCACAAAAGGUUAAAUAUGGGAAGGUUGGUUUCUCUGACAAUGUUAUCACUGCCAAGAAUAUAAUCAUUGCCACUGGAUCCGUGCCAUUUGUUCCUAAAGGAAUUGAAGUUGAUGGAAAGACUGUAAUCACAAGUGACCAUGCCUUGAAACUGGAGUCUGUCCCUGAUUGGAUUGCAAUUGUAGGAAGUGGUUAUAUUGGUCUGGAGUUUAGUGAUGUUUACACUGCACUUGGAAGUGAGGUAACUUUUAUUGAAGCACUGGAUCAGCUAAUGCCUGGAUUUGAUCCUGAGAUCAGUAAGCUAGCUCAAAGGGUUUUGAUAAAUCCAAGAAAGAUUGACUAUCAUACUGGAGUAUUUGCAAGCAAAAUUACUCCCGCAAAGGAUGGGAAACCAGUUAUGAUUGAGCUUAUUGAUGCUAAAACCAAGGAACCUAAGGAUACUUUGGAGGUAGAUGCUGCUCUUAUUGCUACUGGAAGAGCUCCAUUCACCAAUGGUCUUGGCUUGGAAAAUGUCAAUGUAGUGACGCAGAGAGGUUUUAUUCCAGUUGAUGAACGAAUGCGUGUGAUCGAUGGAAAUGGGACUCUGGUUCCAAACUUGUACUGCAUUGGUGAUGCCAAUGGUAAACUGAUGCUUGCACAUGCAGCUAGUGCCCAAGGAAUUUCUGUUGUCGAGCAAGUCACUGGUAGAGAUCAUGUGCUUAAUCAUCUUAGCAUCCCAGCUGCUUGCUUUACUCAUCCUGAAAUCAGCAUGGUGGGAUUGACAGAGCCUCAAGCGAGAGAAAAAGGGGAGAAGGAAGGAUUUAAAGUUAGUGUUGCCAAGACAAGUUUCAAGGCAAACACAAAGGCCCUAGCUGAAAACGAAGGAGAAGGAAUAGCUAAGAUGAUAUACCGACCUGACAAUGGUGAAAUCCUAGGAGUUCAUAUAUUUGGACUGCAUGCAGCUGACCUUAUCCAUGAAGCAUCCAAUGCGAUUGCUCUGGGAACACGCAUUGAGGACAUAAAAUUGGCAGUUCAUGCGCAUCCAACUCUCUCUGAGGUUCUCGACGAACUCUUCAAAGCAGCCAAGGUCGAAAGUCAUGCAACGACUAAGACAGGAGAUGCCAAGAAAAAGCUACUAAACACGAGCGAGGAUGAUGGAAGAAGAAGAGACGGUGAGAAACAAUCUUCAGUUUGUAAAGACUUGGCAUUUGGAUCUAUAAGGCCUUCUUCUUUCGUUGAGAUUAUUUAUGUUCGAGUCUUGUCUCUGCUUUCACGUAUAUUUGUUUGA